AUGCAGUCAAAACGAGAGCCAUAUCGCCGGCUCGACAUAAGAGCAUCAGAAUUCCGACUUCUCAUCUUACAGGCUGGCUCAUGGGAUCAAGACCUCGUUUGCAAUCUCAAAAUAUCUUCUCACCCAAAAGAUGAAGAAUUCGAAGCCUUGUCGUAUACUUGGGGAGACGUCGGCAAUUUAGUCCCCGUCACUGUCAAUGAAGCAUGCAUUGGAAUCACCACCAACCUCGAAAUUGCACUUCGGCAUCUGCGCAAGUCCGAUCAACCUCGUACGCUAUGGAUCGACGCGCUGUGCAUUGACCAAGAGGACACGGAAGAGAAAAGCAGCCAGGUGCAGCGUAUGGGCGAGAUAUUUUCCUCGGCCAAUUCAGUUCUCGCUUGGCUGGGACCGCCAGAGGUGAAUAGUGAGGAGGCGAUGCAAACGAUCGAGAAGAUUGGCAACACCCUUUGGUCCAUUGUCUGCGAUGGAACUGACGACGAAUCCAUUGGCGAUGAUGGAUUUGCGUAUCUUAGCCGGCUUUCGCCAGCAGACUAUGAAAAGCUGGGGCUCGAUAUUUCAGCCAUGAAUUGGAAUGCCAUCUGGGCGAUCUGUGAGCGUCCAUACUGGCAUCGAAUCUGGAUUAUUCAGGAGUUGGCACUGGCCGGCGGCACUUUUCAAAAUGCAGCGCAAAAUAGAUGUCUUGUCGGCUGCGGAACAUCAUGGAUACGACUCCCGAUAUUCUCCGCCUUUGUUUUCAUAUUUGGUAUAAUGAGAGGAAACGCCCGAUGGAUGGAGGAUAAUAUGAGUCCUCCAUUGUACCUACUGACGACGAAAGGUGCUCCACCGGUUGAGCAAAUGUUUCAGAUUAUCUGGAGUCUUGAUGACAUUUUCAACGAAGAUGGCGAGUCUCGUAUAAAGCGAUCUCUCAGCCAUCUACAGAGAAUGUCCCGAAAGUUCCAGGCGACGGACCCGCGCGACAAGCUAUACGCAUUUCUGGAGCUCGCUGAAAGCCAGUUGGUCACUCCCGACUAUACCCUCAGUGUGUCCGAAGUCUACUCGUCUUGGACCAAACUUUGUAUCCAACAGGAUCAAAAUCUUCACUGCCUGCAUGGCAAUCGCGAGUUAUCGAAUCCAUUUGGUCCAUCCUGGGUUCCCGAGCUCUAUAGUCAAUUAUGGGACGGUUACGCUUUCGAAUUCGCCGCACUCGACGAUAAGAUUAAGCGCAGUGCUGCCUCAGUAUCAUUUGGCGAGGGUGGGAGUGUGCUAAAAGCUCGAGGCAUUAGUCUUGGAACUCUGGACCGCGUGGUCGGGCCAUUUACGGCAACAUGUCAUAGUAGCCAAAAUGAGGAGAAGACACAAGUGAAAGUCAUACCAAGCACAUUUGAGAAAUUUGCCGAGCUUGUCAAUCUGUAUCUGUCUCUACCAAAAGAUGUGCAAGAAAUAGCAUGGAGGGCAUUCAUUCUUGACACGGAUACAAGUAAUCGAAAUGAGCCCAAGUCUCCAGCACCUGACAGUUUCUACCACCUCUGGCGUGUGCUUAUCUCGCUUGAGCCGCUCCCCGACUCCUUUUUCGAGUCUCAUCUGGCCAAGGAAACUCAAUUGAACAGAUACCUGUCGCCCUUUACUGAGAGCUUGGAUAAUGCAUUGUACUCGGCACGGUGCUUCUUCGUCACUAAUGGUCUUCGCGUCGGACUCGGACCCAGGUGUACAAAGUCUGGGGAUGAAGUUGUUUUGCUCUACGGAAGCCCUCUCUGUUUUGUUCUCAGACCCGAAGGCGGACGCUACAGGCUCAUUGGGGACGCUUUUGUCCAAGAUGUGGCGCCAGAAUUAUGGUCUGAUGGUUAUGAAGGCCCAGGACUAAAUGUACAGGAAUUUGAGAUCCAAUAG